UUCAACAAAAGUGCUUCCGCUCGCAAAAUUUAUUUAACAAGCCGGCGCGUCGUGUCGAAGGCAAAUCUUAGAAGCUGCAAAACUGUUUUUUAAAACGUUCUCUCAUCGUUUUUUCCUGGCAAGGUAUCAACCCUGUUAGAAGAAUGCACUUAUUGGGAAGAAUUCUGUUUCUGCUUUCAUUUCCUGUUCUUACGCAAUGUUCGAAUCCUUGCGUCUCGUAUGGAGUUUUAAGAAAUCGUUUUCGAAGUACAAAUUAUCAGAUAAAGAGAGGAGAUCCUGCACUCUGUGACAACACUCUGAAAAUUGGAUGGUAUCGAUUCCUUGGAGGUAGCAUGCCGGAAAGCAAAAUAGACCCAUAUCACUGUGGCACUGUUGCUCCGAUAUGGAUGCGUGGUGUGCAUCCAACGGUAGCGGAUGGCAUUGUGAACCGUGACGCCUGCGUCAAUUUCCGUGGGAGACGUAAUGGCUGCUUCAUAGCCAUUCCAAUACGAGUGAAAAGGUGUUCAGGAUUCUAUGUCUAUUAUCUCAAACCAGCAAGUGGAUGUUAUAUGGCCUAUUGCGCUGGUUCAACGACUCCAUGCCCCAAAGGCCAGACUGGCGUUUUUCCGAACUGCACAGUGUCAAAAAAAGUCGAUUUCCCACUUGCUAAAGUUCCUGUUCCAUCUGUUAAGUACUUGGAUGAUAACGAGAGCUGGGUGACACUCUUGUGCCAAUUUGAUUUUCCUAACUGGGGAAAUGUAUCGUUUGAAAUACAGUGGUUUGUGAACGGACAAGGCUAUACUCCGAAUCGAAUCUGCAAGAGUAAAGACGACGAUUGUGAUAAAAGAUCUUUUCCAUUAUCCAGCACUGAAAAUGCGACUCCUCGUUUCAAACCUGGUGAUAACGUGCGAUGCGAAAUACGAGCCAGAUACAACAAUUAUUCAAAAAAUAAUUGGACCCAGCCUGUGUCAAGCGCACUAUUUUUUGCCGGAAUUGAGAUCAGGCCAAGACAGUUGAAUAUUGAGGAGUGCGACAUACAAAACACCAAUAAGUAUACCUUUCAGCUUCGACCGACCGUCCCCAUCCGCAAACCAGACAGUAUAACUCUUUCAUUUGGCGCUCGCGAUAGUGGAGAAUAUCUCGCACCUAAAUGUAAGAUCACUUUGGAACAAAGCGAUGUUAACAAGUGGAAGAAUGUCUCGGUGCAAGUUAAGUGUGAUAACAUCGAUAGACCAACCAAGAAAGCUGCCUUCACAUUUUCAGUCGCGGAUUUGCAUGAUUUCUGGUUGUCAUAUACUCUUCCUAGUGUUGUGUUGACAAAGAUUGAAACACCUGUAAACCUCUGCCAAGCCACGGGCGACCCACACUACACUACAUUUGAUGGAAAGUACUACGACUUCUACAGACCUGGUGAUUAUGUUUUGUAUCGCAACUUGGAACGAUUCUUUGAGAUCCAUACCCGCUUAUGGACCUGCUGGAGCGUGACUUGUAACUGCGGCGUAGCAAUCAGGGAACACAACGACGUUAUCGUUUUAGACACAUGUACGCAAGAUUUGAUUCAGCGGAAUGGAAUGCCAAUGAAAAUACGAAUUCCGAGUGGAAGAAAAUUAAGAAAAGGGACGCAUAUCCUUAGCCGCCAUCCAGGCGGUUACAGCGAGUACGAGGUAAGACUUCCAUCCGGAACAAUAGUGAAAAUACAGCAUAAUUACUGGGGAAAUAACGCAUAUCUACAAGCGCCCCAGGCUGAUCGUGGUAAAACGAAAGGCAUGUGUGGAAAUUUUAAUGGUGAUCCAAAUGAUGACUUUCUCGGGGGUGAUAAAAAAUUGCACAGUGGUCCAGAUUCCUUUGGACAAAGUUGGAGAGUCGAUAGAUCAGAAAGUCUCUUUCAUAAAGUACCAAUUUGCAAUGAUUCAGGGUGCGAUGGUUCUGUCUUCGAUAUGGACUUGUGUACGUGCGAAUCGAUUUCCAAAACCACGUUGAAGAUCGAAUGCGGCCAGGACAUUGCACAGCCUCAGACUACGAAUGCAAAUCCACCUUUUCAGCCAGUUCCUCAAGGAAAAGUAAACCAAAACGGAAAGAGAGGGAUAACCUACACGGACGAUAUUAUUUACUUCUAUGACGACAUUGAGCCUGACCAAAAAUCUCUGCCGCCUCGUAAGAAACGUAACGUUAACGUUAAGGUGUCUUUGGAAAAUGCAACUGAGUACUGUACGAAGUCUCUUUUAAGCACAAAGGCCUCCAAGGUUUGCUUAGAACUUUCAAAUGUCAACGUUAGCAAUGCAAUCACACAGUGUGCCGCAGACUUGCAGAUCACAGGUGACGUUUUCUGGGUGGAGAGUGCCUUUGAGUCAUUGAAAUCAUCUUGUCAAUUCCAAGCUGUCAAAAACUAUAGUGCCUACGAAAAAGAUGAAAGUGGAAAUCUUGUGCCCCCGGCAAAGAUUACUCAGCUGCUGUGUCCGAACGACUGCAGCUUCCAAGGAAAUUGCACGAACGGUACUUGUAUUUGUAAUGAAGGAUAUGUCUCUGCCGACUGUUCCAUGAGAUUCGAUGAAAUUCCUCAAGUGUUCAGGUUAUUGGAUGAAGGCCUUUGUGAUAUCCGUGCUAGGCCAUGCAUGAGAACUAUUGUUUUUGGACAGUACUUCUUAAGCUCAGAAAAUUUGACAUGCCACGUCAAAGAGUUCAAGAUCAUAUCAGGUAACUGGAUACCGUCAAACGGGACACAAAAGUUUAACGGAAGCAAAACAGACUUGUUUGCGAUUGAGUGUAACCUUCCUAGCCCUCCUGUCCAUUUGGGCCGCUAUCAUCUCGAAGGAAUGCCAGCGGCAGGUUACAUCGUGUCUGUCUCUAAUGAUGGCGAGCACCCAAGUCGGGAGCUUAAAAUGAUAACCUUCGACUCAGUGUGCCAAUCGUGCAACAUUUCACACGGAUGUUUUCUUAAGCAAGAGGCAUGUCUAAUCAAAGGCCACUGCUUCGCCAAAGAUGAUCCAAACCCCAAAGAUUGGUGUCAGCAAUGUAUGCCGUCGACUGAUCAACACGUUUGGACCAGAAGAAAAGUAAAUCUACCUCCUAACAUCACAACACCGACCGUGAGAUACGCCCUUCUUGGUGAAGACCUUCAACUACAGUUAGAGGGUGAAGAUCCUGAAAGAAGGCCGUUUGUAAUAUCUAUGACUGACGGAAAUCCAUCUCAAGGAAAGCUGUCUGCUAGCCAUAUUCUCCACUGGAAACCUGAGACAAAAAAUGAUACAAACUUUUUCUUUCAAGCAACUGACGAGUGUAACGCCUCAUCCACACAUAACAUGACUAUUAAGAUUGUGAUCUGUCCUUGCACUGAAAAAGGAACAUGUUACCCCGAUCCCGUUCACCCACGAGGAUCAGGAAUGUAUGUUUGCAAGUGUCAGCCCGGCUACGAGGGAAAAAGAUGCGAGAAGGAGAUAGAUGAGUGUAUAUUGUCUCCAUGUGUUCAUGGCUCGUGCAAUGACGAAAUAAAUAAUUACACGUGUACCUGUGACCCAGGUUACACUGGUCAUAACUGCAGUGUAGAUAUUGACGAGUGCCAGCCUUCUCCCUGUAUCCAUGGAAACUGUUCGGACCUUGUUAAUGGUUUUAACUGCUUUUGUCAAUCUGGUUUCACAGGCACUCUAUGUGAACACAACAUCGACGACUGUCCUUCCUCUGGUUGCGGAAACGGUACUUGUGUCGAUCUCGUAAAAAAUUACACUUGCCAAUGUAAUGUUGGAUUUAGAGGCCAGCAUUGUGAUGUGGUCAACCAGAACUGCACGAGCGACGCAUGCUUUCCUGGAGUUCGCUGCAUUCAGAAAACAAACACUAUAACAUGUGACCCUUGCCCCACCGGAUACUUUGGUGACGGAAAGAAUUGCGAAGAUAUCGAUGACUGCAUUAAUGUUACAUGCAAAAACGGUGGUUCGUGUAUAGAUGGAAUAAAUAAUUACACGUGCUCGUGCCAAUUAGGAUAUACUGGAGAUUGGUGUGAGAGAG